AUGGACGGCGAUCCGGCGGUCGAGUCGCAGCUCGACUCUUUCAGCUUGACCUUUCCCCUGCCGUACAGGGUCGCCUUUAUCAUAAUCCUCGCUGUCUGGGGAUGGGGAGUCAACCUCCACUACCUCUAUCUUCUCAACAUCGACGUCCCCUCCCUCAUCCGAUACCCGGGGCGCUCCUCGCCCACCCACGCACCCCACCACCUCUCAACCUACCGGCUGGCCACCGUCCUCUCCAUCAGCUUCGCCCUCUCCAUCACCGCCUUCUGGAUCCUCUCCCACCGCGAUCCCGAGCUAGUCAUCUACUAUGACUGGCUGCCCAUGAGCUACCUCGUCGUCCUCGCCGCCCUCUUCGUCAUCCCCUUCCGCAGCCUCUCCCUCUCCCACUCGGGCCGCGGGCGCCUCCUCGCCACCCUCCGCCGCGUGAGCGUCGGCGGGCUCGCCGAGGCCCACAACGGCAAGUUUGGCGACAUCCUGCUCGCCGAUGUGCUGACCAGCUACUCCAAGAUCCUGGCCGACCUCUUCGUCUGCGCCUGCAUGUUCUUCUCCCGCGGCGGCUCGGCCACGGAGCGGCCCGACCGCGACUGCGGCGGCAGCGUCGUCGUGCCCCUCAUCAUGGCCGUGCCUUUCCUCAUCCGCUUCCGCCAGUGCUGCAUCGAGUACGUGCGCGUCCGCCGCGCCCCCUUCAAGGAGAGCGCCGGCUGGGGAGGGCAGCACCUCGCCAACGCCGCCAAGUACGCCAGCUCCUUCCCCGUGCUGCUGUUCAGCGCCCUGCUGCGCGCCGCCGAGAGCUCGUCGUCGUCGUCCGCCGGCGCCGGCGCCGACAAGAGCCCCGCCACGGCCGCACACAGCCCGGGCCUGUACCGCGCGUGGCUGCUGGCCGUCGCCGUCAACUCGCUGUACAGCUUCUACUGGGACGUGGCCAAGGACUGGGACCUGACGCUGUUCUCGGCCCGCGAGCGCAACUCGUCCGAGCACCCCUUCGGCCUGCGCUCGCCGCUGUACAUCCAGCCCGCGCCGCUCGUCUACUACGCCGUCAUCGCGCUCGACCUCGUGCUGCGGUGCACGUGGGUCAUCAAGCUCAGCCCCCGGCUCGACCACGUCUCCGGGUUCGAGAGCUCCAUCUUCCUCCUGCAGGCGCUCGAGGUCGUCCGGCGCUGGAUCUGGAUCUUCUUCCGCGUCGAGACUGAAUGGGUUAGGAACACCAACACCGGGCUUGGCGUCGAGGACAUCCUCAUGGGGGACUACUCGCCCAAGUAUGAGGAUGCCGAGGACUAA